GCUGACGAAUUUAAAGUUUUCACAAGGGGCUUCUCACCUCUGAGAAGUGAGCUCCGGGAAAUGUGGACUGGCAGCCGCCUAAUCUCUUCUGAAUGCUCAUCUCUCCCUCUGACUGAUCACACAGAGAGAUUCUUCCUCACGUCUGAGACCCAGAGAGUAAAACGCACCUGGGCCACCCUGGCUUCUGGGUAAUGUAGUUUCUGGGCCCAUACUCUUGGAAGUGCCCCAGGAAAACGGACCACUGAUCUCGGGCCAUCUGUCCCCUGACCUUAUCACUAUCUUAUCCGUUGUGAGCUAAAAGGCCAGACUGAUCCGAGAUCAGUGAUCCUACACUAUGAGUACCCAGGCAGAGCACUACACCGCUGUUGGAGACUUCUGCCUCUUUGCACUUUUUACCCCCAAAGUCAGAAGAUUCAUGUGUACUUUAAUUAUCAUUGGGAUUAUGUAUAUUAAAAUGUUUUUUUUUUUUGUAACCAUCAUCUAAAGGCAGUUGCCCCCUGUGACCUGGGCCUCCUCAGUAUCACCAGAUAUGUCCCAGAUCUCUUUUUUGGGAGUUUAUCUCACCUCUGGGCAAGACACCGUUCUCGCGUCUUGAGCGUAUUCAGGUAAAUGUCAGGAGACUGCGCGUUCAGGUUACCCUCCUGAGUGGCAGCCGCUGCGGACCGGGAAGUUCACGGCGGCUGAGUGCAGGAGGCGUAUAGAGCCACGCGCCAAAACCGCGCGCUGACAGAGCCAUGAGAUUAUGGGAUGCCUUACUUUUGUAUCCACUGUAAAUACAGCUGACCAAACACAGGAAGCGGUUGCCACAGAGGUGAUGAGCGUUGCUGAUACCCAAAUGACGUGUUGUACGAAGAGGAAGUGUUUUUGUUUUGUUUCGUUUCAUUUUAUAGACUUUUUUUAAAUUAUUAGGACUCGUCCUGUUGACCCAAGGCAUUUUCAGCCAGGAAAAGGAAAAAUGUAUUUUCAAAUAUGACGGAAGUUUAUGGGAUUGUCGCUGUUGCACAACUAGGAAUAUGUACCCGCCACAAUCGGUCUUACUGUCUGAGACGAGAGAAGGUUCACGAGCAUGAGAAAAUCAAAGCCGUUAAUUUGUGUGUUCUUCUAUCAGGAAGUGAAUUGCCAUUCAGUUUCCGUUUUUCCCUCAAAUGCAGUGGACCUCACUCCUGGACCCGGAGAGCCGCAGGGUGUGCUGGCUUUUAUCGUUACUCAGAAGCGAAUUGAUCAAUGAAAGCAGUUAAUUGCAAAAUGAACUCUCCUCACCUGGUUUCUUGGGUCUGUAUUGGUUGCUGACAUUGAGGCGAAAACCAAAACCCAGCACACCCUCCGGCUCUCCAGGACCAGCAGUGAGGACACACAGGGACGCUAAGGAGGCCCGUCUGGGCUGUGCCGUGAAUCGCAAAACCCACCGACACAGGCCCCUGAUCCUGGAUCAGCAGGCGGGCUGGAGGCCCCUCGCUGAUGGCGCCGUGUGCUGAUCUGAGGUUUUGACGUUCCCGGAGCCAACGUAACAUAGCAACCGAUGUAAACAAUCCGGUAAACCGGAAAUGGCGACUCCACGGGAGCAAGAAGCAGCCAGCUAUCUGGAAAAACACAAAAUCCCAGAACUCAUGAACAAUUUAACAAGCAUGCUCUUUUUUCAUAGACCCGAAAACCCACGCGAGUUUCUGAUCACACAACUUGCCCUUCUGAAAGCGUCCAGGCUGCGACCACUUGACUGCCCUUGUCUUAUCGACGAGUCAAAUUUAGACGCAGUCUUCGGGAUACUGGAUCCAGUUAAGCAGGGAUACAUCACGCUUGCUCAGUACAAGCAGGCCUUGGCAACCUUGGGCAUUCAGGAUUUCGACGAGUGUCCCGAAGGUGCGGAUUUAAGCCGAAUAUCCCAGGAAACGUUUAAAAAGGAGGCCAAGGAUGGACUCUUAAAAGGCUCAUCGACAUUUAAAAUGUGAAUUAUAACCUUGUAUGUUUGAAGCAAUGCUAAAUGCAAAAUUUAAAAUCAUAUAUUUGAAAUCUAUUGUCUUUUAUUGUACUUUCAUUUGGUUUAUAUGCUCUGAGUAUAACCCCUGUCUGGUUCUGCUCCCUUUAUCAAAACUAGAAAUGAAAAUUAAAUUCAAUAUGUAGGCUA